GAUUCGAUUCUCUCCUCCUCGGUAGAUUCCCAGUUCCCCACAUCUUGUCCCAAUCACUGCAAACCCUUCGCGAGAUUUUUAAUCACCUACAUAUGGUUACUUACCCAGAACAGGAGCUCUGGUGUGAGCCCUAAAUCACUAAUUCUCUCUUUUUUACUUCCAUGUUUUGAUCAUUGAGGAAAAAAGACAUCCAAGGUCAUUUUCUCAGAGGAAGGAAGUGGUGACGUGCAGCGCUGUGAGAGAGUUUCGGAGGGCAGCUGUCUUAGUUUCAGAGGGGCUUCAAGGAUCUAAAUUAGUUUGCGGUACUGAGAAGAUCUCAAGGUUGGUGUCACUAGGAAAGGAAAGAUGAGUGGAGCUGUGCUUGUGGCUAUUGCUGCUGCUAUUGGUAACUUACUGCAAGGGUGGGAUAAUGCUACCAUCGCAGGAUCUGUUUUGUACAUAAAGAAGGAAUUUAAUUUGGAAAGUGAGCCUACUAUUGAAGGCCUAAUUGUGGCCAUGUCUCUUAUUGGGGCCACAUUAGUUACUACAUGCUCUGGAGCCAUUGCAGAUUAUCUAGGCCGCCGCCCUAUGCUGAUAAUCUCAUCAGUCCUUUAUUUUGUUAGUGGUCUUGUGAUGUUUUGGUCUCCUAAUGUUUAUGUCCUACUCGUGGCAAGGCUUCUAGAUGGAUUUGGGGUUGGUUUGGCUGUUACUUUGGUACCAGUGUAUAUAUCUGAGACAGCCCCCCCUGAAAUAAGGGGAUUGUUGAAUACUCUUCCCCAGUUUACAGGAUCUGGUGGAAUGUUUCUCUCAUAUUGUAUGGUUUUCGGGAUGUCAUUGAUGGAGUCACCCAGCUGGAGAUUAAUGCUCGGGGUUCUUUCUAUACCAUCUCUUAUUUAUUUUGCGUUGACUAUAUUUUACUUGCCUGAGUCGCCAAGAUGGCUUGUGAGUAAAGGACGGAUGCUUGAGGCCAGGCGUGUUUUGCAGAGGUUGCGCGGAAGAGAAGAUGUCACUGCUGAGAUGGCUUUACUGGUCGAGGGACUUGAAGUUGGGGGUGAAACAUCGCUGGAGGAGUACAUUAUUGGCCCAGCCAAUGACCUCACUGAUGACCAGGAUAUAUGUACCGAGAAAGACCAAAUUAAGUUAUAUGGUCCUGAACAAGGUCUUUCCUGGGUUGCCAAACCUCUCACUGGGCAGAGUACUCUUGGUAUUGUGUCGCGACAGGGUAGCUUGGCAAACAUGAGCAUGGCUUUUAUGGAUCCUCUUGUCACUCUCUUUGGCAGUGUACAUGAAAAGCUUCCUGACACAGGAAGCAUGCGAGGGAGCACACUUUUCCCACACUUUGGCAGCAUGUUCAGUGUGGGAGGGAAUCAACCUAGGAAUGAGGAGUGGGAUGAGGAGAGUCUCGCUAGAGAGGGUGAAGAGUGCCACUCUGAUGCUGAUGCUGGUGGAGGUGAUUCUGAUGACAACUUGCGUAGUCCGUUGAUUUCACGUCAGACAACAAGCAUGGAUAAGGACAUGGUUGCACCUGCUCAUGGAAGUCUUGCAAGCAUGAGACAUGGCAGCCUGAUGCAAGAAAAUGGAGAACCAGUUGGCAGCAUGGGAAUUGGUAGUGGCUGGCAGUUGGCUUGGAAAUGGUCUGAGAAAGAAGGUCAUGACGGUAAGAAGGAAGGUGGAUUCAAAAGAAUUUAUUUACACCAAGAGGGAACUCCGGGAUCUCGGCGUGGGUCUUUAGUCUCUAUCUCUGGUGCCGAUGUCCCUGCAGCUGGUGAAGUUAUACAGGCUGCUGCCGUGGUGAGUCAAUCGGCUCUUUAUUCUAAGGAGCUUUUGAAUCAGCAUCCAGUUGGACCAGCUAUGAUUCACCCAGCUGAAACUGCAGCUAAAGGACCUGGUUGGAAAGACCUCUUUGAACCAGGAGUCAAGCGUGCAUUGGCAGUUGGGAUCGGGAUUCAAAUACUCCAGCAGUUCGCUGGUAUAAAUGGUGUUCUGUACUACACUCCUCAAAUUCUUGAGCAAGCAGGUGUGGGAGUCCUUCUUUCUAACAUGGGCAUUGGCUCUGCCUCGGCAUCCCUGCUUAUCAGUGGUGUUACAACCUUGUUAAUGCUCCCCUGCAUAGCUAUAGCCAUGAGGCUUAUGGAUAUAGCUGGAAGAAGGAGUUUGCUUCUCAAUACAAUUCCUGUUCUGAUAGUAUCUCUCGUUAUCCUUGUCCUCGGAAGUGUGGUGAAUUUUGGCAAAGUUGUAAAUGCAUCAAUCUCGACUGUCUGUGUUGUAGUCUACUUUUGCUGCUUCGUUAUGGGGUUUGGGCCGAUCCCCAAUAUUCUCUGCUCUGAGAUAUUCCCAACAAGGGUCCGCGGCAUUUGCAUCGCCAUAUGUGCCCUUACAUUUUGGAUUGGCGACAUCAUAGUCACAUACACACUCCCUGUCUUGCUUACAUCCAUUGGACUUGCUGGUGUUUUUGCGAUGUAUGCUGUUGUGUGCGUCAUAUCAUGGAUCUUUGUCUUCCUAAAAGUCCCAGAAACAAAAGGCAUGCCCCUCGAAGUCAUCUCCGAGUUCUUCUCCAUCGGAGCUAAGCAAGUCGAUGCAACAAACGAGUGAGUUUGAUCAAUGACAAAUCGAAAGUUUUGACAGCUCUUAAUGCAUGUUGGUUUUGGUUGGCUUUGUUUCGUUCUGUAAAAAGAGAAAAAGACGUAAUUUUUCAUCAGCUCUUUUGAAGAAUUUUGGAUGAGUCUCAAGCCCCACAGCAUAGUCUGUGAAUUCAGUCCUGUUGAAAUUUAUAGCAGCACUUUUUUGAGGGAAGAAAUCUGUUUGAUGAGCA